GAGAAGAACUGAAGAAAGGGUUCUUGGCUCGCACCAUGGUUCACGUUUCAGAAUCCUCAGAUUCUUCGAAACAUAAUCGCUCCAAUGGCUUCCUCGUAGCAAUAACUGCCGUCUUCUCUCUCCUCGCCAAACGUGCCAGCCGCCUUAAGUCUAAACCAAAAUUCGCUGCGGCCAAAACCGUGACGGACGGAGGCUUUGACGACGACGAUUGGAAAAUUGAGCUGAGGACACCGCCGCCGAAGUCUCCGCUGGCGGCGCCGAAGAAGCUGCUCAGCAACAUAAGCAGCAAGGCGUUGCUGCCAUUCGGUCAUCACAACCAGAAGAAGAAGGGAAGUGGUUGUAGUGCGGCGGCGGAGGGUGGUUGGGGCGACGGUGGAGUGUGGCAGAAGGAGAUACUGAUGGGAGGGAAGUGUGAGCCGUUGGAUUUCUCCGGCGUUAUAUAUUACGAUAUCAACGGAAAGCAGGUGAGUGAGGUUCCUCUUAGGUCCCCACGCGCCAGCCCCUUGCCUGGGUAUCUCACGCGCCCUACACAAGAAGCUCACUGAGAAAAAGAAAAGAAAAUUAUAUGUAUUAUCCCUAUUAUGAUUCAUUUCAGUUAUUAGAUUAAUAAUAAUUAGCCUAAACAGAUAUGCUUUGGAAAAACGCUUCUUUAGAUUUUCUUUUCUUUAGUUUGAUUUACUAGUAUACUUUUAGUGUUGUUGGAGACUUGGUUUUUCAUGUGUAGAGUUUGUGAUGAUGAAAUUCAAAUUUGUGAGACGUGUAUGUGUUCUAGUUGUUCUACUUUUCAAGUGUGAAUGUGAGUGAGUUUGAGGAAUGGUUUCAUCUAUCUAUGGCAGUAAUAUACUUCAGGAGG